AUGAAAUAUUUCAUCAUUAAUUUUGUUUCCGGCACUCUCUCAAGCUGCAUUCAUACCUUGAUUGGAUAUCCCUUGGAUUUUAUCAAAACCAGAAUUCAAAUACAACACAAGAAGCAAAGCAUGAUAAAAGCAGGAAUUCAAAUUAUUAGAGAUGAAGGAGUGAAGGCUUUGUACAGAGGGGUAUCAAUACAGCUUCUAAAUUCUGUUUGCGCUGGAUCAAUAUAUUUUCCUACCUAUGAACAUAUGAGAAAGUGGUUUGCUAGAAUGGAUAAUUUAAAUGAACACAGCUAUUUACCAUUUUAACAAACAUUUUUAGCCGGAAGUAUGGCAGGUAUUGCUAGCAAUAUAUUUGCAUGUCCAUUAGAAUAUGGCAAAAUUUUAUCCCAAAAAACAAAAAUAAAAAAAAUGGAGUAGACUGAUGGUCCAAUUCAUAAAUUGUAUCAGAUAUUGAAAACUUAAGGCUUUUUUCACAUUUAUAAAGGACUCAGAUUAUAAUUAAUGAGAGAUUCAAUUGGAUGUGGAUUAUAUUUUGUAUCUCAUGCCAAGACCUUAUAAUACUUUACUCCUCAAGGAAGGGAUAGAACAGAAGCUUCAUAAUUUGGAAUUUUAAUGGCCAGCAUGUCAGCAGCCGCUAGCUUUUGGAGUAUCAGUUAUCCCAUUGACAUCGUUAAGACAAGAUAUCAAGUAUUAAAUGAAAGCACUACUAGUAUCAUUAAGUAAAUCUAUUCUGAGGGAGGAGCUUUGGCAUUCUACAAAGGAUUCUAAGUAACCGUGAUAAGAAGUGUUGUUGUAAAUAUUUUUUCUUUAUGCACCUACGAAAAUCUAAGGAGAGUUGGGUUUAAGUAUUUUUGA